AUGAGACAACUGCUUACAGAAGGAACCACAGUAGGUGAAACAACAAGUGCAAGUGAGACAACAACAGUUGCAGAUAGUACAACAGUAACGCAGGAAAUCACUACGACAAAGGAUAUUACAACCGAACCUCAAGAAAUUACCACCAUUUCAGAAGGAUCCACGACACCUGCAGAAACAUCAUCUCUAGAACCUUUGACUUCAUCAGGACUGCAAGAUACAACAACCGCAAGAGUCACCUAUGAGACAACUGUAGGAGAAACAACAACACAAAUAGUAGGAACAACAACAAGUGAAGCAACCACUACUAAAUCUGAGGCCACUACAAUAGAGCAAUUUACAACUACAUCUGAUAGCACUACAGCACCGCAAUCCAGCACACUGGUGGAUGAAACAACUACAAUUAUUGAUUCCCAAACCACCCAAAAACCCUCAACUGCAAAUGUAGAAACUACAACAGUCAUAAGCCUUACAGAAGGAACCACAGUAGGUGAAACAACAAGUGCAAGCGAGACAACAACAGCUGCAGAUAGCACAACAGUAACGCAGGAAAUCACUACGACAAAGCAUAUUACAACCGAACCUCAAGAAAGUACCACCAUUUCAGAAGGAUCCACGACACCUGCAGAAACAUCAUCUGCAGAACCUUUGACAUCAUCAGGACUGCAAGAUACAACAACCGCAGGAGUCACCUAUGAGACAACUGUAGGAGAAACAACAACACAAAUAGUAGGAACAACAACAAGUGAAGCAACCACUAUUAAACCUGAGGCCACUACAAUAGAGCAAUUUACAACUACAUCUGAUAGCACUACAGCACCGCAAUCCAGCACACUGGUGUAUGAAACAACUACAAUUAUUGAUUCCCAAACCACCCAAAAUCCCUCAACUGCAAAUGUAGAAACUACAACUGUCAUAAGCCUUACAGAAGGAACCACAGUAGGUGAAACAACAAGUGCAAGCGAGACAACAACAGCUGCAGAUAGCACAACAGUAACGCAGGAAAUCAUUACGACAAAGGAUAUCACAACCGAACCUCCAGAAAGUACAACUGUUUUAGAAGGAUCCACGACACCUGCAGAAACAUCAUCUGCAGAACCUUUGACUUCAUCAGGACUGCAAGAAACAACAACCUCAGGAGUCACCUAUGAGACAACUGUAGGAGAAACAACAACACAAAUAGUAGGAACAACAACAAGUGAAGCAACCACUACUAAAUCUGAGGCCACUACAAUAGAGCAAUUUACAACUACAUCUGAUAGCACUACAGCACCGCAAUCCAGCACACUGGUGGAUGAAACAACAAUUAUAGAUUCCCAAACCACCCAAAAACCCUCAACUGCAAAUGUAGAAACUACAACAGUCAUAAGCCUUACAGAAGGAACCAUAGUAGGGGAAACAACAAGUGUAGGUGAGACAACAACUGCUGCAGAUAGCACAACAGUAACGCAGGAAAUCACUACGACAAAUGAUAUCACAACCGAACCUCCAGAAAUUACAACUGUUUUAGAAGGAUCCACAACAUCUGCAGAAACAUCAUCUGCAGAACCUUUGACAUCAUCAGGACUGCAAGAUACAACAACUGUAGGAGUCACCUAUGAGACAACUGUAGGAGAAACAACAACACAAAUAGUAGGAACAACAACAAGUGAAGCAACCACUAGUAAACCCGAGGCCACUACAAUAGAGGAAUUUACAACUACAUCUGAUAGCACUACAGCACCGCAAUCCAGCACACUGGUGGAUGAAACAACUACAAUUAUUGAUUCCCAAACCACCCAAAAACCCUCAACUGCAAAUGUAGAAACUACAACAGCCAUAAGCCUUACAGAAGGAACCACAGUAGGUGAAACAACAAGUUCAAGUGAGACAACAACAGCUGCAGAUAGUACAACAGUAAUGCAGGAAAUCACUACGACAAAGGAUAUUACAACCGAACCUCAAGAAAUUACCACCAUUUCAGAAGGAUCCACGACACCUGCAGAAACAUCAUCUCUAGAACCUUUGACUUCAUCAGGACUGCAAGAUACAACAACCGCAAGAGUCACCUAUGAGACAACUGUAGGAGAAACAACAACACAAAUAGUAGGAACAACACCAAGUGAAGCAACCACUACUAAAUCUGAGACCACUACAAUAGAGCAAUUUACAACUACAUCUGAUAGCACUACAGCACCGCAAUCCAGCACACUGGUGGAUGAAACAACUACAAUUAUUGAUUCCCAAACCACCCAAAAACCCUCAACUGCAAAUGUAGAAACUACAACAGUCAUAAGCCUUACAGAAGGAACCACAGUAGGUGAAACAACAAGUGCAAGCGAGACAACAACAGCUGCAGAUAGCACAACAGUAACGCAGGAAAUCACUACGACAAAGCAUAUUACAACCGAACCUCAAGAAAGUACCACCAUUUCAGAAGGAUCCACGACACCUGCAGAAACAUCAUCUGCAGAACCUUUGACAUCAUCAGGACUGCAAGAUACAACAACCGUAGGAGUCACCUAUGAGACAACUGUAGGAGAAACAACAACACAAAUAGUAGGAACAACAACAAGUGAAGCAACCACUAUUAAACCUGAGGCCACUACAAUAGAGCAAUUCACAACUACAUCUGAUAGCACUACAGCACCGCAAUCCAGCACACUGGUGUAUGAAACAACUACAAUUAUUGAUUCCCAAACCACCCAAAAUCCCUCAACUGCAAAUGUAGAAACUACAACUGUCAUAAGCCUUACAGAAGGAACCACAGUAGGUGAAACAACAAGUGCAAGCGAGACAACAACAGCUGCAGAUAGCACAACAGUAACGCAGGAAAUCAUUACGACAAAGGAUAUCACAACCGAACCUCCAGAAAGUACAACUGUUUUAGAAGGAUCCACAACAUCUGCAAAAACAUCAUCUGCAGAACCUUUGACAUCAUCAGGACUGCAAGAUACAACAACCGUAGGAGUCACCUAUGAGACAACUGUAGGAGAAACAACAACACAAAUAGUAGGAACAACAACAAGUGAAGCAACCACUAUUAAACCUGAGGCCACUACAAUAGAGCAAUUUACAACUACAUCUGAUAGCACUACAGCACCGCAAUCCAGCACACUGGUGUAUGAAACAACUACAAUUAUUGAUUCCCAAACCACCCAAAAUCCCUCAACUGCAAAUGUAGAAACUACAACUGUCAUAAGCCUUACAGAAGGAACCACAGUAGGUGAAACAACAAGUUCAAGUGAGACAACAACAGCUGCAGAUAGUACAACAGUAACGCAGGAAAUCACUACGACAAAGGAUAUUACAACCGAACCUCAAGAAAUUACCACCAUUUCAGAAGGAUCCACGACACCUGCAGAAACAUCAUCUGCAGAACCUUUGACUUCAUCAGGACUGCAAGAAACAACAACCUCAGGAGUCACCUAUGAGACAACUGUAGGAGAAACAACAACACAAAUAGUAGGAACAACAACAAGUGAAGCAACCACUACUAAAUCUGAGGCCACUACAAUAGAGCAAUUUACAACUACAUCUGAUAGCACUACAGCACCGCAAUCCAGCACACUGGUGGAUGAAACAACAAUUAUAGAUUCCCAAACCACCCAAAAACCCUCAACUGCAAAUGUAGAAACUACAACAGUCAUAAGCCUUACAGAAGGAACCAUAGUAGGGGAAACAACAAGUGUAGGUGAGACAACAACUGCUGCAGAUAGCACAACAGUAACGCAGGAAAUCACUACGACAAAGGAUAUUACAACCGAACCUCAAGAAAGUACCACCAUUUCAGAAGAAUCCACGACACCUGCAGAAACAUCAGCUGCAGAACCUUUGACAUCAUCAGGACUGCAAGAUACAACAUCGGUAGGAGUCACCUAUGAGACAACUGUAGGAGAAACAACAACACAAAUAGUAGGAACAACAACAAGUGAAGCAACCACUACUAAACCUGAGGUCACUACAAUAGAGCAAUUUACAACUACAUCUGAUAGCACUACAGCACCGCAAUCCAGCACACUGGUGGAUGAAACAACUACAAUUAUUGAUUUCCAAACCACCCAAAAACCCUCAACUGCAAAUGUAGAAACUACAACAGUCAUAAGCCUUACAGAAGGAACCACAGUAGGGGAAACAACAAGUGUAAGUGAGACAACAACUGCUGCAGAUGGCACAACAGUAACGCAGGAAAUCAUUACGACAAAGGAUAUCACAACCGAACCUCCAGAAAGUACAACUGUUUUAGAAGGAUCCACAACAUCUGCAGAAAGAUCAUCUGCAGAACCUUUGACAUCAUCAGGACUGCAAGAUACAACAACCGUAGGAGUCACCUAUGAGACAACUGUAGGAGAAACAACAACACAAAUAGUAGGAACCACAACAAGUAAAGCAACCACUAUUAAACCUGAGGCCACUACAAUAGAGCAAUUUACAACUACAUCUUAUAGCACUAAAGCACCGCAAUCCAGCACACUGGUGGAUGAAACAACUACAAUUAUUGAUUCCCAAACCACCCAAAAACCCUCAACUGCAAAUGUAGAAACUACAACAGUCAUAAGCCUUACAGAAGGAACCACAGUAGGUGAAACAACAAGUUCAAGUGAGACAACAACAGCUGCAGAUAGUACAACAGUAACGCAGGAAAUCACUACGACAAAGGAUAUUACAACCGAACCUCAAGAAAGUACCACCAUUUCAGAAGAAUCCACGACACCUGCAGAAACAUCAUCUGCAGAACCUUUGACUUCAUCAGGACUGCAAGAUACAACAACCGCAGGAGUCACCUAUGAGACAACUGUAGGAGAAACAACAACACAAAUAGUAGGAACAACAACAAGUGAAGCAACCACUACUAUACCUGAGGCCACUACAAUAGAGCUAUUUACAACUACAUCUGAUAGCACUACAGCACCGCAAUCCAGCACACUGGUGGAUGAAACAACUACAAUUAUUGAUUCCCAAACCACCCAAAAACCCUCAACUGCAAAUGUAGAAACUACAACAGUCAUAAGCCUUACAGAAGGAACCACAGUAGGGGAAACAACAAGUGCAAGUGAGACAACAACAGCUGCAGAUAGUACAACAGUAACGCAGGAAAUCACUACGACAAAGGAUAUUACAACCGAACCUCAAGAAAGUACAACUGUUUUAGAAGGAUCCACAACAUCUGCAGAAACAUCAUCUGCAGAACCUUUGACUUCAUCAGGACUGCAAGAUACAACAACCGCAGGAGUCACCUAUGAGACAACUGUAGGAGAAACAACAACACAAAUAGUAGGAACAACAACAAGUGAAGCAACCACUACUAAACCUGAGGCCACUACAAUAGAGCAAUUUACAACUACAUCUGAUAGCACUACAACACCGCAAUCCAGUACACUGGUGGAGGAAACAACUACAGUUACUGAUUUCCAAACCACCCAAAAACCCUCAACUACAAAUGGAGAAACUACAACAGUCAUAAACCUUACAGAGGGAACCACAGAAGGUGAAACAACAAGUGUAAGUGAGACAACAACAGCUGUAUACACAACAGUAACGCAGGAAAUCAUUACGACAAAGGAUAUCACAACCGAACCUCAAGAAAGUACAACUGUUUCAGAAGGAUCCACAACAUCUGCAGAACCUUUGACUUCAUCAGGACUGCAAGAUACAACAACCGCAGGAGUCACCUAUGAGACAACUGUAGGAGAAACAACAACACAAAUAGUAGGAACAGCAACAAGUGAAGCAACCACUACUAAAUCUGAGGCCACUACAAUAGAGCAAUUUACAACUACAUCUGAUAGCACUACAGCACUGCAAUCCAGCACACUGGUGGAUGAAACAACUACAGUUACUGAUUUCCAAACCACCCAAAAACCCUCAACUACAAAUGUAGAAACUACAACAGCCAUAAGCCUUACAGAAGGAACCACAGUAGGUGAAACAACAAGUGCAAGUGAGACAACAACUGCUGCAGAUAGCACAACAGUAACGCAGGAAAUCACUACGACAAAGGAUAUUACAACCGAACCUCAAGAAAUUACCACCAUUUCAGAAGGAUCCACGACACCUGCAGAGACAUCAUCUGCAGAACCUUUGACUUCAUCAGGACUGCAAGAUACAACAACCGCAGGAGUCACCUAUGAGACAACUGUAGGAGAAACAACAACAGAAAUAGUAGCAACAACAAGUGAAGCAACCACUACUAUACCUGAGGCCACUACAAUAGAGCAAUUUACAACUACAUCUGAUAGCACUACAGCACCGCAAUCCAGCACACUGGUGGAUGAAACAACUACAAUUAUUGAUUCCCAAACCACCCAAAAACCCUCAACUGCAAUUGUAGAAACUACAACUGUCAUCAGCCUUACAGAAGGAACCACAGUAGGUGAAACAACAAGUGCAAGUGAGACAACAACUGCUGCAGAUAGCACAACAGUAACGCAGGAAAUCACUACGACAAAGGAUAUUACAACCGAACCUCAAGAAAGUACAACUGUUUCAGAAGGAUCCACAACAUCUGCAGAAACAUCAUCUGCAGAACCUUUGACAUCAUCAGGACUGCAAGAUACAACAACCGUAGGAGUCACCUAUGAGACAACUGUAGGAGAAACAACAUCACAAAUAGUAGAAACAACAACAAGUGAAGCAACCACUACUAAAUCUGAGGCCACUACAAUAGAGCAAUUUACAACUAUAUCUGAUAGCACUACAGCACCGCAAUCCAGCACACUGGUAGAUGAAACAACUACAGUUAUUGAUUCCCAAACCACCCAAAAACCCUCAACUGCAAAUGUAGAAACUACAACAGUCAUAAGCCUUACAGAAGAAACCACAGUAGGUGAAACAACAAGUGGAAGUGAGACAACAACAGCUGCGGACAGUACAAUAGUAACGCAGGAAAUCACUACGACAAAGGAUAUCACAACCGAAUCUCAAGAAAGUACAACUGUUUUAGAAGGAUCCACAAUAUCUGCAGAAACAUCAUCUGCAGAACCUUUAACAUCAUCAGGACUGCAAGAUACAACAUCCGUAGGAGUCACCUAUGAGACAACUGUAGGAGAAACAACAACACAAAUAGCAGGGACAACAACAAGUGAAGCAACCACUAUUAAACCUGAGGCCACUACAAUAGAGCAAUUUACCACUACAUCUGAUAGCACUACAGCACCGCAAUCCAGCACACUGGUGGAUGAAACAACUACAGUUACUGAUUCCCAAACCACCCAAAAACCCUCAACUGCAAAUGUAGAAACUACAACAGUCAUAAGCCUUACAGAAGGAACCACAGUAGGUGAAACAACAAGUGCAAGUGAGACAACAACAGCUGCAGAUAGUACAACAGUAACGCAGGAAAUCACUAUGACAAAGGAUAUCACAACUGAACCUCAAGAAAGUACAACUGUUUCAGAAGGAUCCACAACAUCUGCAGAAACAUCUGCAGAACCUUUGACAUCAUCAGGACUGCAAGAUACAACAACCGCAGAAGUCACCUAUGAGACAACUGUAGGAGAAACAACAACACAAAUAGUAGAAACAACAACAAGUGAAGCAACCACUACUAAAUCUGAGGCCACUACAAUAGAGCAAUUUACAACUACAUCUGAUAGCACUACAGCAACACAAUCCAGCACACUGGUGGAUGAAACAACUACAGUUACUGAUUCCCAAACCACCCAAAAACCCUCAACUGCAAAUGUAGAAACUACAACAAUCAGCCUUACAGAAGAAACCACAGUAGGUGAAACAACAAGUGCAAGUGAGACAACAAUAGCUGCAGAUAGCACAACAGUAACGCAGGAAAUCACUACAACAAAGGAUAUCACAACCGAACAUCAAGAAAGUACCACCAUAUCAGAAGGAUCCACGACACCUGCGGAAACAUCAUCUGCAGAACCUUUGACAUCAUCAGGACUGCAAGAUACAACAACCGUAGGAGUCACCUAUGAGACAACUGUAGGAGAAACAACAACACAAAUAGCAGGGACAACAACAAGUGAAGCAACCACUACUAAACCUGAGGCCACUACAAUUGAGCUAUUUACAACGACAUCUGAUAGCACUGCAGCACCGCAAUCCAGCACACUGGUAGAUGAAACAACUACAGUUAUUGAUUCCCAAACCACCCAAAAACCCUCAACUGCAAAUGUAGAAACUACAACAGUCAUCAGCCUUACAGAAGGAACCACAGUAAGUGAAACAACAAGUGCAAGUGAGACAACAACAGCUGCAGAUAGCACAACAGUAACGCAGGAAAUCACUACGACAAAGGAUAUUACAACCGAACCUCAAGAAAUUACCACCAUUUCAGAAGGAUCCACGACACCUGCAGAACCAUCAUCUGCAGAACCUUUGACUUCAUCAGGACUGCAAGAUACAACAACCGCAGGAGUCACCUAUGAGACAACUGUAGGAGAAACAACAACAGAAAUAGUAGCAACAACAAGUGAAGCAACCACUACUAUACCUGAGGCCACUACAAUAGAGCAAUUUACAACUAUAUCUGAUAGCACCACAGCACCGCAAUCCAGCACACUGGUAGAUGAAACAACUACAGUUAUUGAUUCCCAAACCACCCAAAAACCCUCAACUGCAAAUGUAGAAACUACAACAGUCAUCAGCCUUACAGAAGGAACCACAGUAAGUGAAACAACAAGUGCAAGUGAGACAACAACAGCUGCAGAUAGCACAACAGUAACGCAGGAAAUCACUACGACAAAGGAUAUCACAACCGAACCUCAAGAAAGUUCCACCAUAUCAGAAGGAUCCACGACACCUGCGGAAACAUCAUCUGCAGAACCUUUGACAUCAUCAGGACUGCAAGAUACAACAACCGUAGGAGUCACCUAUGAGACAACUGUCGGAGAAACAACAACACAAAUAGUAGGAACAACAACAAGUGAACCAACCACUACUAAACCUGAGGUCACUACAAUAGAGCAAUUUACAACGACAUCUGAUAGCACUACAACACCGCAAUCCAGCACACUGGUGGAUGAAACAACUACAAUUAUUGAUUCCCAAACCACCCAAAAACCCUCAACUGCAAAUGUAGAAACUACAACAGUCAUAAGCCUUACAGAAGGAACCACAGUAGGUGAAACAACAAGUGCAAGUGAGACAACAACAGCUGCAGAUGGCACAACAGUAACGCAGGAAAUCACUACGACAAAGGAUAUCACAACCGAACCUCAAGAAAGUUCCACCAUAUCAGAAGGAUCCACGACACCUGCGGAAACAUCAUCUGCAGAACCUUUGACAUCAUCAGGACUGCAAGAUACAACAACCGUAGGAGUCACCUAUGAGACAACUGUCGGAGAAACAACAACACAAAUAGUAGGAACAACAACAAGUGAACCAACCACUACUAAACCUGAGGUCACUACAAUAGAGCAAUUUACAACGACAUCUGAUAGCACUACAACACCGCAAUCCAGCACACUGGUGGAUGAAACAACUACAAUUAUUGAUUCCCAAACCACCCAAAAACCCUCAACUGCAAAUGUAGAAACUACAACAGUCAUAAGCCUUACAGAAGGAACCACAGUAGGUGAAACAACAAGUGCAAGUGAGACAACAACAGCUGCAGAUGGCACAACAGUAACGCAGGAAAUCACUACGACAAAGGAUAUUACAACCGAACCUCAAGAAAUUACCACCAUUUCAGAAGGAUCCACGACACCUGCAGAAACAUCAUCUGCAGAACCUUUGACUUCAUCAGGACUGCAAGAUACAACAACCGUAGGAGUCACCUAUGAGACAACUGUAGGAGAAACAACAACACAAAUAGUAGAAACAACAACAAGUGAAGCAACCACUACUAAACCUGAGGCCACUACAAUAGAGCAAUUUACAACUAUAUCUGAUAGCACUACAGCAACACAAUCCAGCACACUGGUGGAUGAAACAACUACAGUUACUGAUUCCCAAACCACCCAAAAACCCUCAACUGCAAAUGUAGAAACUACAACAGUCAUCAGCCUUACAGAAGAAACCACAGUAGGUGAAACAACAAGUGCAAGUGAGACAACAACAGCUGCAGAUAGUACAACAGUAACGCAGGAAAUCACUACGACAAAGGAUAUCACAACCGAACCUCAAGAAAUUACCACCAUUUCAGAAGGAUCCACGACACCUGCAGAAACAUCAUCUGCAGAACCUUUGACAUCAUCAGGACUGCAAGAUACAACAACCGUAGGAGUCACCUAUGAGACAACUGUAGGAGAAACAACAACACAAAUAGCAGGGACAACAACAAGUGAAGCAACCACUACUAAACCUGAGGCCACUACAAUUGAGCUAUUUACAACGACAUCUGAUAGCACUGCAGCACCGCAAUCCAGCACACUGGUAGAUGAAACAACUACAGUUAUUGAUUCCCAAACCACCCAAAAACCCUCAACUGCAAAUGUAGAAACUACAACAGUCAUCAGCCUUACAGAAGGAACCACAGUAAGUGAAACAACAAGUGCAAGUGAGACAACAACAGCUGCAGAUAGCACAACAGUAACGCAGGAAAUCACUACGACAAAGGAUAUUACAACCGAACCUCAAGAAAUUACCACCAUUUCAGAAGGAUCCACGACACCUGCAGAAACAUCAUCUGCAGAACCUUUGACUUCAUCAGGACUGCAAGAUACAACAACCGCAGGAGUCACCUAUGAGACAACUGUAGGAGAAACAACAACAGAAAUAGUAGCAACAACAAGUGAAGCAACCACUACUAUACCUGAGGCCACUACAAUAGAGCAAUUUACAACUAUAUCUGAUAGCACCACAGCACCGCAAUCCAGCACACUGGUAGAUGAAACAACUACAGUUAUUGAUUCCCAAACCACCCAAAAACCCUCAACUGCAAAUGUAGAAACUACAACAGUCAUCAGCCUUACAGAAGGAACCACAGUAAGUGAAACAACAAGUGCAAGUGAGACAACAACAGCUGCAGAUAGCACAACAGUAACGCAGGAAAUCACUACGACAAAGGAUAUCACAACUGAACCUCAAGAAAGUUCCACCAUAUCAGAAGGAUCCACGACACCUGCGGAAACAUCAUCUGCAGAACCUUUGACAUCAUCAGGACUGCAAGAUACAACAACCGUAGGAGUCACCUAUGAGACAACUGUCGGAGAAACAACAACACAAAUAGUAGGAACAACAACAAGUGAACCAACCACUACUAAACCUGAGGUCACUACAAUAGAGCAAUUUACAACGACAUCUGAUAGCACUACAACACCGCAAUCCAGCACACUGGUGGAUGAAACAACUACAAUUAUUGAUUCCCAAACCACCCAAAAACCCUCAACUGCAAAUGUAGAAACUACAACAGUCAUAAGCCUUACAGAAGGAACCACAGUAGGUGAAACAACAAGUGCAAGUGAGACAACAACAGCUGCAGAUGGCACAACAGUAACGCAGGAAAUCACUACGACAAAGGAUAUUACAACCGAACCUCAAGAAAUUACCACCAUUUCAGAAGGAUCCACGACACCUGCAGAAACAUCAUCUGCAGAACCUUUGACUUCAUCAGGACUGCAAGAUACAACAACCGCAGGAGUCACCUAUGAGACAACUGUAGGAGAAACAACAACACAAAUAGUAGAAACAACAACAAGUGAAGCAACCACUACUAAAUCUGAGGCCACUACAAUAGAGCAAUUUACAACUAUAUCUGAUAGCACUACAGCAACACAAUCCAGCACACUGGUGGAUGAAACAACUACAGUUACUGAUUCCCAAACCACCCAAAAACCCUCAACUGCAAAUGUAGAAACUACAACAGUCAUCAGCCUUACAGAAGAAACCACAGUAGGUGAAACAACAAGUGCAAGUGAGACAACAACAGCUGCAGAUAGUACAACAGUAACGCAGGAAAUCACUACGACAAAGGAUAUCACAACCGAACCUCAAGAAAGUACCACCAUUUCAGAAGGAUCCACGACACCUGCAGAAACAUCAUCUGCAGAACCUUUGACAUCAUCAGGACUGCAAGAUACAACAACCGUAGGAGUCACCUAUGAGACAACUGUAGGAGAAACAACAACACAAAUAGCAGGGACAACAACAAGUGAAGCAACCACUACUAAACCUGAGGCCACUACAAUUGAGCUAUUUACAACGACAUCUGAUAGCACUGCAGCACCGCAAUCCAGCGCACUGGUAGAUGAAACAACUACAGUUAUUGAUUCCCAAACCACCCAAAAACCCUCAACUGCAAAUGUAGAAACUACAACAGUCAUCAGCCUUACAGAAGGAACCACAGUAAGUGAAACAACAAGUGCAAGUGAGACAACAACAGCUGCAGAUAGCACAACAGUAACGCAGGAAAUCACUACGACAAAGGAUAUUACAACCGAACCUCAAGAAAUUACCACCAUUUCAGAAGGAUCCACGACACCUGCAGAAACAUCAUCUGCAGAACCUUUGACUUCAUCAGGACUGCAAGAUACAACAACCGCAGGAGUCACCUAUGAGACAACUGAAAGUACCACCAUAUCAGAAGGAUCCACGACACCUGCGGAAACAUCAUCUGCAGAACCUUUGACAUCAUCAGGACUGCAAGAUACAACAACCGUAGGAGUCACCUAUAAGACAACUGUAGGAGAAACAACAACACAAAUAGUAGGAACAACAACAAGUGAAGCAACCACUACUAAACCUGAGGUCACUACAAUUGAGCUAUUUACAACUACACCUGAUGGCACUACAGCACCGCAAUCCAGCACACUGGUAGAUGAAACAACUACAGUUAUUGAUUCCCAAACCACCCAAAAACCCUCAACUGCAAAUGUAGAAACAACAACAGCCAUAAGCCUUACAGAAGGAACCACAGUAGGUGAAACAACAAGUGCAAGUGAGACAACAACAGCUGCAGAUAGUACAACAGUAACGCAGGAAAUCACUACGACAAAGGAUAUUACAACCGAACCUCAAGAAAUUACCACCAUUUCAGAAGGAUCCACGACACCUGCAGAAACAUCAUCUGCAGAACCUUUGACUUCAUCAGGACUGCAAGAUACAACAACCGCAGGAGUCACUUAUGAGACAACUGUAGGAGAAACAACAACACAAAUAGCAGGGACAACAACAAGUGAACCAACCACUACUAAACCUGAGGUCACUACAAUUGAGCUAUUUACAACUACACCUGAUGGCACCACAGCACCGCAAUCCAGCACACUGGUAGAUGAAACAACUACAGUUAUUGAUUCCCAAACCACCCAAAAACCCUCAACUGCAAAUGUAGAAACUACAACAGUCAUCAGCCUUACAGAAGGAACCACAGUAGGGGAAACAACAAGUGCAAGUGAGACAACAACAGCUGCAGAUAGCACAACAGUAACGCAGGAAUUCACUACAACAAAGGAUAUCACAACCGAACCUCAAGAAAUUACCACCAUAUCAGAAGGAUCCACGACACCUGCGGAAACAUCAUCUGCAGAACCUUUGACAUCAUCAGGACUGCAAGAUACAACGACCGUAGGAGUCACCUAUGAGACAACUGUAGGAGAAACAACAACACAAAUAGCAGGGACAACAACAAGUGAAGCAACCACUACUAAACCUGAGGCCACUACAAUUGAGCUAUUUACAACUACACCUGAUGGCACUGCAGCACCGCAAUCCAGCACACUGGUAGAUGAAACAACUACAGUUAUUGAUUCCCAAACCACCCAAAAACCCUCAACUGCAAAUGUAGAAACUACAACAGUCAUCAGCCUUACAGAAGGAACCACAGUAAGUGAAACAACAAGUGCAAGUGAGACAACAACAGCUGCAGAUAGCACAACAGUAACGCAGGAAAUCACUACAACAAAGGAUAUCACAACCGAACCUCAAGAAAGUUCCACCAUAUCAGAAGGAUCCACGACACCUGAGGAAACAUCAUCUGCAGAACCUUUGACAUCAUCAGGACUGCAAGAUACAACAACCGUAGGAGUCACCUAUGAGACAACUGUCGGAGAAACAACAACACAAAUAGUAGGAACAACAACAAGUGAACCAACCACUACUAAACCUGAGGUCACUACAAUAGAGCAAUUUACAACGACAUCUGAUAGCACUACAACACCGCAAUCCAGCACACUGGUGGAUGAAACAACUACAAUUAUUGAUUCCCAAACCACCCAAAAACCCUCAACUGCAAAUGUAGAAACUACAACAGUCAUAAGCCUUACAGAAGGAACCACAGUAGGUGAAACAACAAGUGCAAGUGAGACAACAACAGCUGCAGAUAGUACAACAGUAACGCAGGAAAUCACUACGACAAAGGAUAUCACAACCGAACCUCAAGAAAUUACCACCAUUUCAGAAGGAUCCACGACACCUGCAGAAACAUCAUCUGCAGAACCUUUGACAUCAUCAGGACUGCAAGAUACAACAACCGUAGGAGUCACCUAUGAGACAACUGUAGGAGAAACAACAACACAAAUAGCAGGGACAACAACAAGUGAAGCAACCACUACUAAACCUGAGGCCACUACAAUUGAGCUAUUUACAACGACAUCUGAUAGCACUGCAGCACCGCAAUCCAGCACACUGGUAGAUGAAACAACUACAGUUAUUGAAUCCCAAACCACCCAAAAACCCUCAACUGCAAAUGUAGAAACUACAACAGUCAUCAGCCUUACAGAAGAAACCACAGUAGGUGAAACAACAAGUGCAAGUGAGACAACAACAGCUGCAGAUAGUACAACAGUAACGCAGGAAAUCACUACGACAAAGGAUAUCACAACCGAACAUCAAGAAAGUACCACCAUUUCAGAAGGAUCCACGACACCUGCAGAAACAUCAUCUGCAGAACCUUUGACAUCAUCAGGACUGCAAGAUACAACAACCGUAGGAGUCACCUAUGAGACAACUGUAGGAGAAACAACAACACAAAUAGUAGGAACAACAACAAGUGAACCAACCACUACUAAACCUGAGGUCACUACAAUAGAGCAAUUUACAACGACAUCUGAUAGCACUACAACACCGCAAUCCAGCACACUGGUGGAUGAAACAACUACAAUUAUUGAUUCCCAAACCACCCAAAAACCCUCAACUGCAAAUGUAGAAACUACAACAGUCAUUAGCCUUACAGAAGGAACCCAAAAACCCUCAACUGCAAAUGUAGAAACUACAACAGUCAUAAGCCUUACAGAAGGAACCACAGUAGGUGAAACAACAAGUGUAAGUGAGACAACAACAGCUGCAGAUAGCACAACAGUAACGCAGGAAAUCACUACAACAAAGGAUAUCACAACCGAACCUCAAGAAAUUACCACCAUUUCAGAAGGAUCCACGACACCUGCAGAAACAUCAUCUGCAGAACCUUUGACUUCAUCAGGACUGCAAGAUACAACAACCGCAGGAGUCACCUAUGAGACAACUGUAGGAGAAACAACAACACAAAUAGUAGAAACAACAACAAGUGAAGCAACCACUACUAAAUCUGAGGCCACUACAAUAGAGCAAUUUACAACUAUAUCUGAUAGCACUACAGCACCGCAAUCCAGCACACUGGUGGAUGAAACAACUACAGUUACUGAUUCCCAAACCACCCAAAAACCCUCAACUUCAAAUGUAGAAACUACAACAGUCAUAAGCCUUACAGAAGGAACCACAGUAGGUGAAACAACAAGUGCAAGUGAGACAACAACAGCUGCAGAUGGCACAACAGUAACGCAGGAAAUCACUCCGACAAAGGAUAUUACAACCGAACCUCAAGAAAUUACCACCAUUUCAGAAGGAUCCACGACACCUGCAGAAACAUCAUCUGCAGAACCUUUGACUUCAUCAGGACUGCAAGAUACAACAACCGCAGGAGUCACCUAUGAGACAACUGUAGGAGAAACAACAACAGAAAUAGUAGCAACAACAAGUGAAGCAACCACUACUAUACCUGAGGCCACUACAAUAGAGCAAUUUACAACUACAUCUGAUACCACUACAGCACCGCAAUCCAGCACACUGGUGGAUGAAACAACUACAAUUAUUGAUUCCCAAACCACCCAAAACCCCUCAACUGCAAUUGUAGAAACUACAACUGUCAUCAGCCUUACAGAAGGAACCACAGUAGGGCAAACAACAAGUGUAAGUGAGACAACAACUGCUGCAGAUAGCACAACAGUAACGCAGGAAAUCACUACGACAAAGGAUAUCACAACCGAACCUCAAGAAAGUACAACUGUUUCAAAAGGAUCCACAACAUCUGCAGAAACAUCAUCUGCAGAACCUUUGACAUCAUCAGGACUGCAAGAUACAACAACCGUAGGAGUCACCUAUGAGACAACUGUAGGAGAAACAACAACACAAAUAGCAGGGACAACAACAAGUGAAGCAACCACUACUAAACCUGAGGCCACUACAAUUGAGCUAUUUACAACUACACCUGAUGGCACUACAGCACCGCAAUCCAGCACACUGGUAGAUGAAACAACUACAGUUAUUGAUUCCCAAACCACCCAAAAACCCUCAACUGCAAAUGUAGAAACUACAACAGUCAUCAGCCUUACAGAAGGAACCACAGUAAGUGAAACAACAAGUGCAAGUGAGACAACAACAGCUGCAGAUAGCACAACAGUAACGCAGGAAAUCACUACAACAAAGGAUAUCACAACCGAACCUCAAGAAAGUACCACCAUAUCAGAAGGAUCCACGACACCUGCGGAAACAUCAUCUGCAGAACCUUUGACAUCAUCAGGACUGCAAGAUACAACAACCGUAGGAGUCACCUAUGAGACAACUGUAGGAGAAACAACACAAAUAGUAGGAACAACAACAAGUGAACCAAUGACUACUAAACCUGAGGUCACUACAAUAGAGCAAUUUACAACGACAUCUGAUAGCACUACAACACCGCAAUCCAGCACACUGGUGGAUGAAACAACUACAAUUAUUGAUUCCCAAACCACCCAAAAACCCUCAACUGCAAAUGUAGAAACUACAACAGUCAUAAGCCUUACAGAAGGAACCACAGUAGGUGAAACAACAAGUGCAAGUGAGACAACAACAGCUGCAGAGAGUACAACAGUAACGCAGGAAAUCACUACGACAAAGGAUAUCACAACCGAACCUCAAGAAAGUACCACCAUAUCAGAAGGAUCCACGACACCUGCGGAAACAUCAUCUGCAGAACCUUUGACAUCAUCAGGACUGCAAGAUACAACAACCGUAGGAGUCACCUAUAAGACAACUGUAGGAGAAACAACAACACAAAUAGUAGGAACAACAACAAGUGAAGCAACCACUACUAAACCUGAGGUCACUACAAUUGAGCUAUUUACAACUACACCUGAUGGCACUACAGCACCGCAAUCCAGCACACUGGUAGAUGAAACAACUACAGUUAUUGAUUCCCAAACCGAACCUCAAGAAAUUACCACCAUUUCAGAAGGAUCCACGACACCUGCAGAAACAUCAUCUGCAGAACCUUUGACUUCAUCAGGACUGCAAGAUACAACAACCGCAGGAGUCACCUAUGAGACAACUGUAGGAGAAACAACAGCAGAAAUAGUAGCAACAACAAGUGAAGCAACCACUACUAUACCUGAGGCCACUACAAUAGAGCAAUUUACAACUACAUCUGAUAGCACUACAGCACCGCAAUCCAGCACACUGGUGGAUGAAACAACUACAAUUAUUGAUUCCCAAACCACCCAAAACCCCUCAACUGCAAUUGUAGAAACUACAACUGUCAUCAGCCUUACAGAAGGAACUACAGUAGGGCAAACAACAAGUGUAAGUGAGACAACAACUGCUGCAGAUAGCACAACAGUAACGCAAGAAAUCAUUACGACAAAGGAUAUCACAACCGAACCUCAAGAAAGUACAACUGUUUCAGAAGGAUCCACAACAUCUGCAGAAACAUCAUCUGCAGAACCUUUGACAUCAUCAGGACUGCAAGAUACAACAACCGUAGGAGUCACCUAUGAGACAACUGUAGGAGAAACAACAACACAAAUAGUAGGGACAACAACAAGUGAAGCAACCACUACUAAACCUGAGGCCACUACAAUUGAGCUAUUUACAACUACACCUGAUGGCACUACAGCACCGCAAUCCAGCACACUGGUAGAUGAAACAACUACAGUUAUUGAUUCCCAAACCACCCAAAAACCCUCAACUGCAAAUGUAGAAACUACAACAGUCAUCAGCCUUACAGAAGGCACCACAGUAAGUGAAACAACAAGUGCAAGUGAGACAACAACAGCUGCAGAUAGCACAACAGUAACGCAGGAAAUCACUACAACAAAGGAUAUCACAACCGAACCUCAAGAAAGUACCACCAUAUCAGAAGGAUCCACGACACCUGCGGAAACAUCAUCUGCAGAACCUUUGACAUCAUCAGGACUGCAAGAUACAACAACCGUAGGAGUCACCUAUGAGACAACUGUAGGAGAAACAACAACACAAAUAGUAGGAACAACAACAAGUGAAGCAACCACUACUAAACCUGAGGUCACUACAAUUGAGCUAUUUACAACUACACCUGAUGGCACUACAGCACCGCAAUCCAGCACACUGGUAGAUGAAACAACUACAGUUAUUGAUUCCCAAACCACCCAAAAACCCUCAACUGCAAAUGUAGAAACUACAACAGCCAUAAGCCUUACAGAAGGAACCACAGUAGGUGAAACAACAAGUGCAAGUGAGACAACAACAGCUGCAGAUAGUACAACAGUAACGCAGGAAAUCACUACGACAAAGGAUAUUACAACCGAACCUCAAGAAAUUACCACCAUUUCAGAAGGAUCCACGACACCUGCAGAAACAUCAUCUGCAGAACCUUUGACUUCAUCAGGACUGCAAGAUACAACAACCGCAGGAGUCACUUAUGAGACAACUGUAGGAGAAACAACAACACAAAUAGCAGGGACAACAACAAGUGAACCAACCACUACUAAACCUGAGGUCACUACAAUUGAGCUAUUUACAACUACACCUGAUGGCACCACAGCACAGCAAUCCAGCACACUGGUAGAUGAAACAACUACAGUUAUUGAUUCCCAAACCACCCAAAAACCCUCAACUGCAAAUGUAGAAACUACAACAGUCAUAAGCCUUACAGAAGGAACCACAGCAGGUGAAACAACAAGUUCAAGUGAGACAACAACAGCUGCAGAUAGCACAACAGUAACGCAGGAAUUCACUACAACAAAGGAUAUCACAACCGAACCUCAAGAAAUUACCACCAUAUCAGAAGGAUCCACGACACCUGCGGAAACAUCAUCUGCAGAACCUUUGACAUCAUCAGGACUGCAAGAUACAACAACCGUAGGAGUCACCUAUGAGACAACUGUAGGAGAAACAACAACACAAAUAGCAGGGACAACAACAAGUGAAGCAACAACUACUAAACCUGAGGCCACUACAAUUGAGCUAUUUACAACUACACCUGAUGGCACUGCAGCACCGCAAUCCAGCACACUGGUAGAUGAAACAACUACAGUUAUUGAUUCCCAAACCACCCAAAAACCCUCAACUGCAAAUGUAGAAACUACAACAGUCAUCAGCCUUACAGAAGGAACCACAGUAAGUGAAACAACAAGUGCAAGUGAGACAACAACAGCUGCAGAUAGCACAACAGUAACGCAGGAAAUCACUACGACAAAGGAUAUCACAACCGAACCUCAAGAAAUUACCACCAUUUCAGAAGGAUCCACGACACCUGAGGAAACAUCAUCUGCAGAACCUUUGACUUCAUCAGGACUGCAAGAUACAACAACCGCAGGAGUCACCUAUGAGACAACUGUAGGAGAAACAACAACACAAAUAGUAGAAACAACAACAAGUGAAGCAACCACUACUAAAUCUGAGGCCACUACAAUAGAGCAAUUUACAACGACAUCUGAUAGCACUACAACACCGCAAUCCAGCACACUGGUGGAUGAAACAACUACAGUUAUUGAUUCCCAAACCACCCAAAAACCCUCAACUGCAAAUGUAGAAACUACAACAGUCAUCAGCCUUACAGAAGGAACCACAGUAAGUGAAACAACAAGUGCAAGUGAGACAACAACAGCUGCAGAUAGUACAACAGUAACGCAGGAAAUCACUACGACAAAGGAUAUCACAACUGAACCUCAAGAAAGUACCACCAUUUCAGAAGGAUCCACGACACCUGCAGAAACAUCAUCUGCAGAACCUUUGACAUCAUCAGGACUGCAAGAUACAACAACCGUAGGAGUCACCUAUGAGACAACUGUAGGAGAAACAACAACACAAAUAGUAGAAACAACAACAAGUCAAGCAACCACUACUAAAUCUGAGGCCACUACAAUACAGCAAUUUACAACUAUAUCUGAUAGCACUACAGCAACACAAUCCAGCACACUGGUGGAUGAAACAACUACAGUUAUUGAUUCCCAAACCACCCAAAAACCCUCAUCUGCAAAUGUAGAAACUACAACAGUCAUCAGCCUUACAGAAGGAACCACAGUAAGUGAAACAACAAGUGCAAGUGAGACAACAACUGCUGCAGAUGGCACAACAGUAACGCAGGAAAUCACUACGACAAAGGAUAUUAGAACCGAACCUCAAGAAAUUACAACUGUUUCAGAAGGAUCCACAACAUCUGCAGAAACAUCAUCUGCAGAACCUUUGACAUCAUCAGGACUGCAAGAUACAACAACCGUAGGAGUCACCUAUGAGACAACUGUAGGAGAAACAACAACACAAAUAGUAGGGACAACAACAAGUGAAGCAACCACUACUAAACCUGAGGCCACUACAAUUGAGCAAUUUACAACUACAUCUGAUAGCACUACAGCACCGCAAUCCAGCACACUGGUAGAUGAAACAAUUACAGUUACUGAUUUCCAAACCACCCAAAAACCCUCAACUGCAAAUGUAGAAACUACAACAGCCAUAAGCCUUACAGAAGGAACCACAGUAGGUGAAACAACAAGUGCAAGUGAGACAACAACUGCUGCAGAUGGCACAACAGUAACGCAGGAAAUCACUACAACAAAGGAUAUUAGAACCGAACCUCAAGAAAUUACCACCAUUUCAGAAGGAUCCACGACACCUGCAGAAACAUCAUCUGCAGAACCUUUGACUUCAUCAGGACUGCAAGAUACAACAACCGCAGGAGUCACCUAUGAGACAACUGUAGGAGAAACAACAACACAAAUAGUAGCAACAACAAGUGAAGCAACCACUACUAUACCUGAGGCCACUACAAUACAGCAAUUAACAACUACAUCUGAUAGCACUACAGCACCGCAAUCCAGUACACUGGUGGAUGAAACAACUACAAUUAUUGAUUCCCAAACCACCCAAAAACCCUCAACUGCAAUUGUAGAAACUACAACAGUCAUCAGCCUUACAGAAGGAACCACAGUAGGUAAAACAACAAAUUCAAGUGAGACAACAACAGCUGCAGAUAGUACAACAGUAACGCAGGAAAUCACUACGACAAAGGAUAUCACAACCGAACCUCAAGAAAUUACCACCAUUUCAGAAGGAUCCACGACACCUGCAGAAACAUCAUCUGCAGAACCUUUGACAUCAUCAGGACUGCAAGAUACAACAUCCGUAGGAGUCACCUCUGAGACAUCUGUAGGAGAAACAACAACACAAAUAGCAGGGACAACAACAAGUGAAGCAACCACUACUAAACCUGAGGUCACUACAAUAGAGCAAUUUACAACUAUAUCUGAUAGCACUACAGCACCGCAAUCCAGCACACUGGUGGAUGAAACAACUACAAUUAUUGAUUCCCAAACCACCCAAAACCCCUCAACUGCAAAUGUAGAAACUACAACAGUCAUCAGCCUUACAGAAGGCACCACAGUAGAUGAAAGAACAAGUGCAAGUGAGACAACAACAGCUGCAGAUAGCACAACAAUAACACAGGAAAUCACUACGACAAAGGAUAUUACAACCGAACCUCAAGAAACCCUUUCAGAACACAUUGUCUAUUACUACUUCACCUCUUAA